AGGGAGCCAUUUUGGUCCGUGAUAUCGUCGACUCUGCGCGUUGUGAAGUAACGUUUACGCGGACAAUUACGUUGCAUUAUAAUUGCAAGCUCGACGGCGCGGAUGUUAGAGGUUCAAACAGACGGUGAUUAACGCGAUCGUGACGAUUGAUAAUAUGAUAAUCGGGAGAUAUACACGUACACUGUGUCACCUUGGAUGAAGAGCUCCGGCCGCUCUGUCAGGAGGUUAUCUCGCAACCAGAACAGCAGUCGUUUCAAAGUCCCUGCGGAUUUUCGUAUUAUUAAUAAGAAGAUAGAUCUUCCGUCCCUUUAACAUACUUACAUCCAUCGCCAGCUUUCCACAAUGUCGGAGAACAGCGAGCACUCGCCGGACGACAACGAGGCGGAGACGAAAACGAUAGAGGAUCUACCGAACGAUUCGUCCAAGAGCGAGGUGAAAUUGAUGAAUCGAACGGACACGGCCAUGCUGGAGGACGAGGAAAUGCCGACGUACAUCAGCGUCUCUAGCACGUCGAGGCGCGACGACUCGGAUGCCGUCAACGCGAAACAGCAAGAGAAUAUGUCUCAGGAGGUGGAGGAAGAUUGUAGUCCAAGUCCUUGCCCUAGUGAUGGUCAAGCAGCGAACAGUAUAUAUGUUUUAUCAUCCGAAGAGGAUACUGAUCAGCAACCUUACAAUGAUGAGGAUGACGAAGUUGAAUAUGGCGACAGUGAUGAUAUGGAGAAUUUAGAGCUUGACAAUGAAUAUGAUUCAGAAAAUCCAAAUAAUAAGCAUUUAAUGGAUGAAGAAGAUGAUGACGAGGAUGACGAAGAUGAGGAAGAUGAGGAGGAUGAUGAAGAUGAUGAAGAAGGUUAUAGACAAAUGCCUAGAAAUGAUGAUGAUGAAGAAGGUUAUAGACAAAUGCCUAAAAAUGACGAUGAUGAAGAAGGUUAUAGACAAAUGCCUAACAAUGAUGAUGAUGAUGAUGAUAACCUUGAUCUCCAUUGCGAUGGAAGAUCUGAUGAUUUUCUUCUAAAUAGAAGAAUAAAAAAUCGAGACAAAGAAAAGAGCCUUUCUCUUCAAGAUUUGAGUGUGUACAAGAAUAAUACUGCAUAUUAUAAAAAUAGUCAUUUAUAUGGUUUAAGGCCGAAUUACAUAAACAUUCCACAAAAUCCUAUAAUAUAUUCCAUGUUAUCUAAGAAGCAAUCAAUGGUAGGAAAAUAUCAUCAUGUAGAAAGCAAAGUGAAGCGCUAUAUUAAAGAUAUAAAAGAACAAAAUAGACGUUCUAUAGAAAAAAAUAUGAAGCAGAAUCAAGAAAAUAACCAUAAAAGCAGUAACACUAAUAAAAACAGUGAUAUAAGAAAAAUAAAACCUACAGUAGCAAACAAGACAAUAAAGGAUUAUGCCCAAAGAACAAUUAAAGAGUUGGAAAUUGCAGAAGCGUGUGAGGGAAAUAAAGUAACUUACAAUGAUUUGCCAAUAAUAUUAAAUGGUCAAGAUAAUAAAAAUGGCUUAGAACCAAUACACGAGCAAUCUAUACAAAAUGAAAUUGAAAUAAAUAUAUCAUCUGAGUCACCGCAAAAUGAAAAAAGUCCUGUAAACAUAGAUAAAAUGCAAAAACAGAAUGGAACAGUUGAAGCUAAACAAUUAAAGUUUAAUUUUGAUGAAGAAAUUUUACAUUAUGGAAAUGCUGUGCAACAAUCUGUUAUCCCAAAUGGUCAUCAAGAAAUACCAACAAUACUUUACGAUUUGCGAACAUUAAGUUAUGAAGAAUAUAUGCAUGGCGCUCCUAAUUCUGAAAAAAUUGAUUUAAAUAAAAAUGCACAUGUUGAACAAAAACAUGUUCAACCUGAGACAUAUAAUAAUGCAGAAUUGAUGGAUGUAUCUACAGAUCUUGAUGAUACUGCUUGUUCUUUAAAAAUUGAGAAUAUUAAGAGCAUUAAGACAAUGACUGAUGAAACUAAAAACAAUGAACAAGUAAAUUCAGACAAAGUAAAUGAAGAAUAUCCUAAGCCUAAGUUAGUAAGCUGUCUAACUUCGUAUACUUCAGAACUUACCGCAUUGAAAAAUCAGUUGGAUCAAAAGAAGAAAUAUGCUAAAUUAUAUAACACAUUACGAGAACAAGUUAUGGAAAAUUUAAAAUUGAAAUACACAAUAGAUGAGCUGACAAAAUCUUUAACAAAAUAUGAGAAAAAAAAUAAACCUCGGGAACAAAAAGUUGCAUCAAUUCAAACAGAUAUUGUUGAUACUGCAAUUAAACAUCAAGAUCAAACAGAAUCUACUCAAGUGAAACAACUUAACAAUAAAGUAUUAGGUAAUAGUGUCGCCUCGACAUUAAGUUCUAUAGAUCAAUGGAGUGACAGUCCUUGUAAUUUAUCUAUAUCUAUGAAACCACCUGAAGUAGUAAAAACAUUACAUUCUGAUGAUAGUAUAAUGUUAACCAAUGGUACACCAGUAAAAACAACACGUUCACUAUCUCGCACAUUUAUUACUUCGUCUCGAAUUUUACAAACUAUUUCAAAUAUCACACAAGGGAAAUCAAAAUUAGAAAGUCCUUUAGUACAAAAUUCGAAGAGAAGAUUAAGUGAGAAUACAUCGAUGGAGCUGCAAAAUGAUGAUGGUAGUUGUCAAAUCGUCAAUAGUAGUUGUCGACCUUCUAGCUCUAAGAAGAGGAAGAUUACAGAUACUCUUCAACCACCUAAUUUUCUACCUUACAAAUCUUCUCAAACUACUACAGAAUCGCAUCUAAAAUUAAAUGAAAUGCUUAAUGACUCACAGCUAAGACGCUCAUGCGGUUUAGUAAAUGAGAAAAUGGAAUCACAGGAAAAUUCAUCUAAUAUCAACACAAGCCAAUUAGGAACUGCUACUUCUACAGCAGAAAACGUAACAGAAACAGCGGAUGAUCAAGAGGACAAUGUAAAAUGCUUCGUAUAUCAUGAGAAUGAAAAUAGUAAAGAUCAUAGUUUUCUAAUUAUAGCAAAAGAGCCUGGAAAAGAAAAGGCUGUUAAUAAUGAAAGAAGACGAGAAGGUGGUCCAUAUAUAGUUGGCAACAUAGAAGUAAGAAUGUCUGAAAUAAAUGGAACAAUCAACAUCUGGGGCAAAGAAAUCAGCCAAGAAUCCACAGCUGAAAUUGAAAAUGAGAUAGAGACAUCGACUAAAGAGAAAGAUGAUAAGAAAUAUCACUGCUGGCAAAAGACACCACAUACUAGAUUUAAUGGCAGUAAUUUAGUAUGUUCAACAAGUAAAAAAUGCAAAACUCCCCCUACAUUUGACUUCUCUUCAGCUGCAUCUAAUUUUUCAUGUGCACAUUCACCUUCGUUUAACAUUGCAAAAGCAUCUUGUUCAACAGAUAAAGUACAUGCGGAUACUUUACUUAGUCCAAACGCAUGUAUUUCCUCUUGUGAAGAUUGUGAAUCGUCAAAAGAUCGUAAAGAAUGGCUAAGAUAUAAGCGACGUAGCCAAGAGAAAUUACAUUCCUGUUGUAUUCAUAAUGUAGAUGUGUUAGAACAGAAUUGUUCCUUACAUAAAGAAAAACAGAAAUUUGAAGAUAAUUUAAAUCGUAGCAAAGAAAAAUUAAACACCAGGGAAUGUCGGCGAAGUUUUUCAAGAAAUUUAGAACCUAACAAGCAUAAAAAUAUUAAACCUUCCACAGAAGAAACCACAUGUAAAUGCCACACAUGUCACGACACGCUACACGAUCCAGGAGAAACUUGCCAAGAGAACCACAAAUGUUAUAAUACGUUAAAAGGAACAUGUACAUGCGAACCGUUGUCGACGAGUACAGAUCGAGAGUAUAACGAAUCAUGUAAUCACCUUUCUCCUAAUUUACAUGAAGAAGAACCAUUAAUAGGAUUUAAACAAUGUAGCGAAACACCAGAGACAAGACGACGAAGAUUAACUGGAAAAAGAGUACGAGGAAUUUUAAUGGAUCUUUUACGAGGAUGUGGAGAUUGUUACAAUUCCAAUUCAUCUAAUAGUAACAAAAACUGUAUGCACAAGAAGGAAACUCAUUUAACGAAUUGUCCUCCACAAAUCAAAAUUACGCCAUGUACAUCUCCGGAACCAUCAUGUUCAAAUCCAGGACAACCUGGAAGAUGCUGUCAUGCUUAUGCACAGCGAAUUGAAUCUCAGCUGGAAGAAUUUCGAGUUGAAAUGGAAAGAGUGCGAUCGCGUUCAGAUGCUAUUCUUAAUAUGCUCAAUAUGCUUCAUUCAGAUACAAACUAAAGAAUUCAUAUCUCCAAAUGUUAAGUAUUCCUUUUUCAUAUGUAUAUAUAUAUAUAUAUCAUCUUAUUUGAAUUUUUUAAUUAUCAAU